UAUUCUUUCUUUCACUAACAGCCCUGCUAAAAGAACAAUAGAAAUUCUAUUGGAUUUAUUGUUUUUAAUGGGAAUUUUAUUGGUUGUAUUGGAAACUAUAAUGGUCUCUAAUCUCUACUGGUAUAUGUAUGAUUUCUAUUGGUGGGGCCAUUAAAUCCUAAUGGAAUAUGUCCCAAAACACACUACAAAAAGGAAUUUUGUAGUUGUUUUAAUGGUAAAAGAUCAUGGUUCCUAUUGGUAUUUUAAUGGAAACCAUUAGGAAUUUCUGUAAUGGUGUUACUGGUUUUUUUUUCAGCAGGGUAGUUAUCAGAUCACUGUUUAACCAUAUUCAAUUAAAAGAAAAUAAAGGUUAGUCAGGUAAGUGACGUAUCGGGUUUACCAUCAGCAGCGCGUGACUCCAUGCUGACACGGCAACGGGACGCGCGUGCGCGAAAUUUCGGUUCCGUUGUUCUCCGAGUGAAAAAAACAGAGGAUCACGCAAACACAGAGACGGUAACCGCAUCUGAGUCCGUAUCGAAACACGCGCGAUGAGCGGCGGCGUGUACGGGGGAGAUGAAGUUGGAGCUUUGGUCUUUGAUAUCGGCUCUUUCUCCACUCGAGCAGGAUAUGCAGGGGAGGACUGUCCUAAGGCAGAUUUUCCCACUUCUAUAGGAGUGCACAUUGAGGAGGAGCCAGCUGAAAUGGGGGCGGAGCAAGAUACAAGCUGCGGGCGGAGCUAUUACAUAGACACCACAGCGCUGCAUGUGCCAAGAGCGGGUGUAGAGCUCAUAUCUCCAUUAAAGAAUGGCAUGAUUGAGGAUUGGAACGCUUUUCAAGCCAUAAUCGACCACAUCUACAGCAAACACAUCAAAUCUGAUCCCAGUUUACACCCUGUCCUCAUGUCGGAAGCACCAUGGAACUCGCGGGCGAAGCGAGAGAAGUUAACUGAACUGAUAUUUGAGCAUUACAACAUUCCAGCCUUCUUCUUGUGCAAGACCGCAGUACUCACCGCAUUUGCUAAUGGGCGUGCCACAGGCCUCAUACUGGACAGCGGAGCGACACACACCACUGCCAUCCCAGUGCAUGACGGGUACGUCCUGCAGCAAGGGAUUGUGAAGUCUCCUCUGGCGGGCGAUUUUAUCACCAUGCAGUGCCGUGAAUUAUUCCAGGAGAUGAACAUCGACACGGUUCCUCCGUACAUGAUCGCUUCAAAGGUACCAAAGUUCUCCUGCCGUUCCCCCGUCGGUCUCCUGUAUCUCUCUCACGUGUUGAGUCUCUGGUCUGUCUGUGUCUGUCAGGAACCCGUGAGAGAAGGUGCACCUCCGGUCUGGAUAAAGAAAGACAAACUCCCUCCGGUCACAAAGUCCUGGCACACCUACAUGUGCAAUGAGGUGAUUCAGGAUUUUCAGGCAUCUGUGCUGCAGGUGUCUGACUCACCGUAUGAUGAACAGGUGGCUGCUCAGAUGCCAACGCUUCACUACGAGAUGCCGAGUGGCUACAGUACAGAAUAUGGAGCUGAACGUUUACGGAUACCAGAGGGUCUCUUUGAUCCUUCUAAUGUAAAGGGCCUGUCCGGAAACACGAUGCUGGGCGUCGGACACGUGGUCACGACAAGCAUCGGCAUGUGCGAUAUGGACAUCAGACCGGGUUUGUACGGCAGCGUGAUUGUGACGGGUGGUAACACACUCUUACAGGGCUUCACAGAGAGACUCAACAGUGAACUGUCACAGAAAGCACCGCCCAGUAUGAGACUGAAGCUCAUUGCCUCUAACAGCUCCAUAGAGCGAAGAUUCAGCUCCUGGAUUGGAGGAUCAAUUCUGGCUUCACUGGGCACCUUCCAACAGAUGUGGAUCUCCAAACAGGAAUAUGAUGAAGGAGGAAAACAAAGUGUGGAGAGAAAAUGUCCCUGACACACAAAAACACACAGUGAAUGUUACUGCUCUGUACAAACUGAAUGACUCUUUCAGAUGUUCAUGAUAUAUUUACAGCCGUCUAAUAAACAUCAUCAGCUCAUGUGUGA